AUUUGCAGAAAUUGGCGAGAAAAUCGGGAAAGAUGAAGUAUGGGUAGCUGCAUUAUUUUAUGGACAGGCAAAACCAGACAACGAAGUUAUCGAAAAACUGGCUCUCGUGUUAGAUAUGCAUUUUGAUGAUGAUUAUUAUAGGGAAUCGUUUUAUCCUGAUAAAGGAGGACUUGUAGAGGUUCCGCCUACUGAUCCAUUGAUUUACCGAUUUUAUGAGAUUAUUCAGGUUUACGGGUACCCGUUAAAAGCCGUAAUUCACGAGAAGUUUGGAGACGGCAUAAUGUCGGCUAUUGAUUUCACCGCGAAUGUUGAUAAGGUUGUAAAAGAUGGCGGGGAGAGAGUCAAAGUCACAUUUGAAGGAAAAUUUUUGCCAUAUAAAAAAUGGUGA